AUGGUGUGUGAUUGUGACUUCAUACUUCCCUCAAGAGAAGGCUGGGAGCCGCAUUAUCAGAAUUGCAAGACGAAUUGGAUUAAGCAUCAUAAUACUGACUCACCAAAACAUGAAGACGGAACAUUUCGUUUGAGAAACGACCAUCUUUCUAAGUUGGAUAAAGACGUGCUUUACCAUUUGGGUUUGGAUACUGAAAAUUAUGAUUUACCUGCUAUGUUCGGAGAUGUAAAGUUUGUAUGUAUGGGUGGAACUAAAUACCGAAUGAAGGAAUUUGCCAAAUAUAUAGCUCAAGAAUUGAAUUUAACUACUGAACCUCUAGUAAAUUUGACAAAGCAUUCUCAUCGGUAUGCGAUGUACAAAAUAGGCCCAGUGCUAUCUGUUCAUCAUGGUAUAGGGAUUCCUUCCAUGACUGUUGUACUUCAAGAAGUUAUAAAACUGCUCAGUUACGCGAAAGCCAAAGACCCUAUCAUAUUUAGAAUAGGCACUAGCGGCGGUUUAAAUAUACCACCGGGAACAGUCGUUAUAUCGUCGUGGGCUUUAAAUGGAACAUUAGAAAAAUCUUAUGAUAUUCCAGUGUUGGGUGAAAUACGUAAAAUUCCAUCAUUAUUUGACAAUCGGUUAAAUCAAGAAUUGUUGCACCUUGCAUCUGAUGAAAAAGAAUUUAAGACUGUCAUUGGUGGCACUAUGGCUGCGGAUGAUUUUUAUAGAGGUCAAGCUCGCUUAGAUGGUCCAUUUUGUGAUUAUACUGAGAAAGACAAAUUAUCUUUUAUACAAAAACUGAUGGAUUUAGGAGUGAAGAAUAUAGAAAUGGAGGCGACCGCAUUCGCUGCUUUUACUAGAGAGGCCGGUUUGAGAUCCGCUGACGUUUGCGUGACAUUUGUUAACCGUUUAAUGGAUGAUCAGGUAACACCACAAAAAUCAGAACUACUGAAGUGGCAAGAACGUCCGAUGAUAGUCGUUGGAAAAUACAUAUCUACAUAUUGCAAAAGAUCAAAGCAA